AUGUCUGGGGGCUCAGAGAGUGAUGACUCUGUAAUAGCUAAUGGGAGGGUUUACAUUCCUGAAGUAAGAAAUGAGGAAACACCAGCAGUUGGGAUGAAGUUCGACUCGCUUGACCUCGUUUAUAAUUUCUAUAAUAGAUAUGCAUUCUUGGCUGGCUUUGGUAUUCGACUUCAUUCCAGCUUUUGGGGGAAAAAUAAGAAAGAGAUUCUGAGAAAAGAAUUUGUAUGUUGCAAACAAGGUGCAUACCGGAAUGAUGAAACUCGGGAGAGAAAAAGACAGCGGGGAAUAAGUAGAUGCAAUUGCAAAGCUAAGAUUGUGGUUGUGAAGACACAUGGGAGCAAGAAGUAUACCAUCUCUCUUUUUGCAGAGGGACACAAUCAUAAGAUGACACCCUCAGGAAGAAUGCAUUUACUGAGAUCACACCGUCGUAUUUCAGAUUCUACAAAAGUACUUACAAAACAGUUGGGUUCGGUUAAUAUUCCCAUUAAUCAGAAGGUAAGUAUUUUCGAGGUGCAAUCCGGAGGAAUGGAUAAAAUUGGUUUUAUCAAAAAGGAUAUGUACAAUCUUGAAUGUAGUGUGAAUGAGAAGCUGAGGAACCACGAUGUUGAACUAGUGACCGAGUAUUUUAUGGCUGAACAGAAAAAAAUGAGGCUUUUUAUUUCAAGAUUGAGGGAGAUGGCGAUAACAGGUUUAGUCGAUGUUUUUGGGCAGAUGCAACUUCUAGACGGGCGUACGGGUUUUAUGGAGAUGUUGUUGUAUUCGAUACCACAUUCAACACGAAUAGAUACGACUUGA